AUGAGUGCCUCAGAGUUCUCCUCCCUCGACCUGACAGAGCAGACGCAGCGGGCCAUUGCUGAAAUGGGCUUCACGCACAUGACAGAGGUGCAGGCACGCACCAUCCCGCACCUCCUCACCGGCAGGGACGUCCUGGGGGCAGCUAAGACAGGGUCUGGCAAGACGCUGGCGUUCCUGGUGCCCUGCUUGGAGCUGCUACACAAGGCCAAGUUCAUGCCGCGCAACGGCACAGGCGCGCUCAUCAUAUCCCCCACGCGCGAGCUGGCCAUGCAGAUCUACAGCGUUGCCCGAGACCUCCUCCAACACCACUCCCAGACGCACGGGCUGAUCAUGGGAGGCGCCAACAGGAGGACGGAGGCAGAGAAGCUGGUGAAGGGGGUGAACCUGAUCGUGGCAACUCCGGGGCGGCUGCUGGACCACCUGCAGAACACCAAGGGGUUUGUCUACAGCAACCUGGCGUGCCUGGUCAUCGACGAGGCCGACCGCAUCCUGGAGAUUGGGUUUGAGGAGGAAAUGCGCCAGAUUGUGCGCAUCCUGCCCAAGGACCGUCAGACCAUGCUCUUCUCCGCCACCCAGACCACCAAGGUGGAGGAUUUGGCGCGGCUGUCCUUCAAGCGGCAGCCGCUGUACGUGGGGGUGGAUGACAAGCAAGAGGCGGCCACGCGCGAGGGACUUGAGCAGGGCUACUGCAUCGUCCCUUCCGAGCAGCGCCUGCUCCUGCUCUUCACCUUCCUCAAAAAGAACAAGGACAAGAAGGUCAUGGUGUUCUUCUCGUCGUGCAACUCAGUCAAGUACCAUGGCGAGCUGCUCAACUACAUUGACGUCCCAGUCAAGGACAUCCAUGGCAAGCAGAAGCAGCAACGCCGCACCACCACCUUCCUUGAGUUCUGCAAGGCAGAGAAGGGCAUUCUGCUGUGCACAGACGUGGCGGCGAGGGGGCUGGACAUUCCUGCAGUGGACUGGAUCAUCCAGUACGAUCCACCCGACGAUCCCAAGGAGUACAUCCACCGGGUGGGGCGCACCGCGCGUGGCCGGUCCGGCCGCGGCCGCGCGCUGCUCAUGCUGCUGCCCCAGGAGAUCGGCUUCCUCAAAUACCUCAAGGAGGCCAAGGUGCCCUUGAACGAGUACGAGUUCCCACAGAGCAAGCUGGCCAACGUGCAGAGCCAGCUGGAGAAGCUGGUGGAGAAGAAUUUCUACCUGCACACGAGUGCGCGCGACGCCUACCGCUCCUACCUGCUCGCCUACAACUCUCACCAGCUCAAGUCCACCUUCAACGUCCACACGCUCGACCUCCUCUCUGUGGCCAAGUCCUUUGGCUUCGCGCAGCCGCCACGGGUCAGCUUGAACCUGGAGAGCAAGGCUGCCAAUGUGAGGAAGGCUCACAGGACAGCAUUGGAGGGAGCUAAGGGAGGUGCAGACUACCGACGAAAGUCUGGGCAUGCCUUCUCUGCCGAUAACCCAUACGGCAAGAAGACUGCUGGUGACACCCGGCAAUUUGUGCGCAUGUGA